CAACGCACACACAUAUCGAAACUCACCGAAUAUUGUCCCAUUCUAAAAUUUCCGAAAAAAAAAACUAUACUAGACCAUUUAAGUAUUACUUACCUCUUCAUCUUCGCAAUUCUCUCUCCGUCUCUAGUCAAUUGGCUUUCUUGAAAUUCCGAUCGUCACAAAAUGGAGUAUCGAACGUUAGAGAUCAAUCAGUUAUCUGCAAAGGAUCUCAACAAAGUCAAUCUCAUAACCAAGAUGGACGUUUAUGUCGUCGUUUCAAUCUCCGGCGGCGGCGACAAAGCCAAGCAGAAGACUAAAACCCCAGUUGACCACGACGGCGACACUAGCCCAUCCUGGAACUUUCCCAUCAAGUUCACCGUCGAUGAAACUGCGGCGCGCCAGAACCGGUUGACUCUCGUUUUCCAGCUCCGCUGUGAAAGGGCUCUCGGGGAUAAAGAUAUCGGAGAAGUGCACGUUCCGAUGAAAGAGCUUCUUGAAUCUGCCGGCGGAGCAGCUGCUGACGGGAAGCAACAGUUUGUGAGCUAUCAAGUGAGAAAACCCAGUGGGAAACCCAAAGGUCAGCUCACUUUUUCGUAUAAAUUUGUGGACAAAAUUUCUGGGCCGGCGACUUUUAAGGCCGAUCAUGCGUCCGCGACGGCGUACCCGGCUACUGUUAAGGCCGAUCAUGCGCCGGCUACGGCGUACGCUGCUACUGUUAAGGCCGAUCACGCGCCGGUGACGGCCUACCCUGCUCCGGUGGGAACGAGUUCACCGUAUCCGCCGCCAAGUUAUUAUCCUCCUCCGGCUGCGGCUUCAGGAGCGGCUGCGCAACCUUAUCCGCCACCUAAGGAAGGGGCAUCAUCAGGAUAUGCACCGCCACCAACGGGAUAUCCUGCACCCGCAGCUGCUGGGUAUCCUCCGCCACCGCCUGCAGGAUACGGGUAUGGAUACCCACCUCCGCAGCCAUACGGUGGGUACCCGCCGCAACCUCCACCAGCUGGAUAUGGAUACCCGCCGCCUCAGGCCGGGUAUGGAUAUGCUCCACCCGUUCAACAGCCGCCUAAGAAGAAUAAGUUUGGUAUGGGAUUGGGAGCCGGGUUGUUGGGUGGAGCUCUGGGGGGAUUGUUGAUCGGAGAUGCAAUUUCGGAUGCUUCGGCUUAUGAUUCUGGAUACGACGCCGGAUUUUCUGAUGGUGGAUUUGAUUUCUGAGCAGCAGUCAUUUCUUUGUUAAUUUUCUUUCUUUUUUUUUUUCCCCCACUUUUAUGUUGGUGCUUUUGGGUAAUUGACUUUCACGAGGAUGCCGGAAAAUUUUCUUUUUUUACGUUUUAGAUGUUAACUUUUACCUUCACUUUUCAUUUUGAUGAAUGAAAAGUUUUCGAGUAUUAUGCCAUUUGUAAAAUUUGUAAAAUUUGCCUAAAUUCUGAGAUAUAUUGUCAGUCUAGCAAAAUCGGCAUCGA